AGGGAGGCAACUUGUCUGGGUUGUUUACUCGUGUAUUUUUCAGAAUCUGACACAUUAAUAACAAGAAUUCCUUUUGCUUACUGAGGGACUGCACAAUCAAAAUAACAUUAAUUUCGUGAUUGAAUUUAUUUUCUAACUUCUGACAACCAAAAUAGACUACAUAAAAAAAAAAAUGGAACCAUGUAGCGAUUUGUUGAGAAGCAAAAUCAACGCAUGGUGGCGCUGCAGGCUAAGGUUUAAAAAAGGACGACCGCGGAAAAGGGAAAAAUGUUUCACGUCUCUGGCUAAAAAAAGACCAUAGAAGAGCUCAAACCAUUAAGUCUCCAGAGAAUGCUGCUGACCUAUGCUUCGGAACAGGUUAUAGACUGACAGAUCGACCGCUGUCUGGGUGCCCUUGGACCCUGGGUGCCGAAGCAAAGAUGAAGAUGGGAAAGGAGCACGGACAAAGGCAAGUUCUGUUGAUCUUUCUCUUAUUGGGAGUGGCUGGGGCGGGCUGGGAGUCCCGCCAUUACUUUGUUUUGGAGGAAACACCCAGCGGCACGUUUUUGGCUGAUCUGCCCAAGGACUUAGGGCUAGGAGUUGCAGAGCUGGCUGCUAGAGGAGCCCAGGUGGUCUCUGAGGAUAACGAAUCCCGCUUGCAGCUUGAUCUACAGACUGGGAAGCUGAUAUUAAAUGAAAAAUUGGACCGGGAGGAGCUGUGCGGCCCCACUGAGCCCUGUGUCACACAUUUCCAAGUGUUACUGAAAAAACCACUGGAAAUAUUCCGAGCUGAGCUACGAGUGGGAGACAUAAAUGAUCAUUCUCCCGAGUUUCCUGAGAGAGAAAUGACCGUGAAAAUCUCAGAAACUAGCUCUGUUGGUUCUGUGUUUCUACUAAAAAGCGCUCAGGAUUUGGAUGUGGGCAACAACAGCAUUCAGAACUAUAGCCUCAGUACCAAUUCCCAUUUCCAUGUUUCCACCCGAACCCGAGGUGAUGGGAGGAAAUACCCAGAGCUGGUGCUGGACCAAGAGCUUGACCACGAGAAGCAGGCAGAGUUCAGAUUAACUCUGACAGCGCUGGAUGGAGGUUCUCCGCCCAGGACUGGCACCUCACAAAUUCGGAUUCUUGUCUUGGAUGUCAAUGACAACGCCCCUGAAUUUGCACAGGCGCUCUAUCAGGUGCAGAUCCCAGAGAGCAGCCCCGUGGGUUCCCUGGUUGCCAAGGUCUCAGCCAAGGAUUUAGAUACUGGGACAAACGGAGAAGUAUCGUAUUCUUUUUUUCAUCGUUCUCAGGAGAUGGGUAAAACUUUUGAGCUAAACGCCCUGUCGGGAGAAGUUCGACUAAUUAAAACCCUGGACUUCGAGACAGCAUCUUCAUAUGAAAUAGACAUAGAGGCCUCUGAUGGCGGGGGGCUUUCUGGGAAAUGUUCCGUUUCUAUUCAGGUGGUGGAUGUCAAUGAUAACUACCCAGAACUAACUGUUUCCUCGCUCACCAGCCCCAUCCCAGAAAACUCACCAGAGACAGAAGUGGCUCUAUUUCGAAUUCGGGACCGAGACUCUGCGGAAAAUGGAAAGACAGUUUGUUCCAUCCAAGAUGGUAUUCCUUUUGUACUGGAACCUUCUGUUGAAAACUUCUACAGACUGAUGACAGAGAGCGGGUUAGACAGAGAGAAAAGAGCUGAGUACAACAUCACCAUCACAGUCAGCGACAUGGGCACACCCAGGCUCACAACCCAGCAUACCAUAACAGUGCAGGUGUCCGACGUCAACGACAACGCCCCCGCCUUCACACAAACCUCCUACACCCUGUUGGUCCAGGAGAACAACAGCCCCGCCCUGCACAUAGGCACCAUCAGCGCCACAGACUCAGACUCAGGCUCCAAUGCCCACAUCACCUACUCGCUGCUGCCCACCCACGACCCGCAGCUGGACCUCUCCUCGCUCAUCUCCAUCAACGCCGACAAUGGGCAGCUGUUCGCGCUCAGGGCUCUGGACUACGAGGCGCUGCAGAACUUCGAGUUCCAAGUGGGGGCCACAGACCAAGGCUCGCCCGCGCUCAGCAGCCAGGCGCUGGUGCGGGUCCAGGUGCUGGAUGCCAACGACAAUGCGCCCUUCGUGCUCUACCCUCUGCAGAAUGCCUCUGCGCCCUUCACAGAGCUGCUGCCCAGGGCGGCAGAGCCUGGCUACCUGGUCACGAAGGUGGUGGCAGUGGACAGUGACUCUGGCCAGAAUGCCUGGCUGUCGUUCCAGCUGCUCAAGGCCACGGAGCCUGGACUGUUCAGCGUGUGGGCUCACAAUGGCGAGGUGCGCACCUCCAGGCUGCUGAGCGAGCGCGAUGCGCCCAAGCACAGGCUGCUGCUGCUGGUCAAGGACAAUGGCGAUCCUCCGCGGUCUGCCAGUGUCACUCUGCAUGUGCUGCUGGUGGAUGGCUUCUCUCAGCCCUACCUGCCUCUACCGGAGGUGGCGCGCGACCCUGCCCAAGAUGAGGAUGAGCUCACGCUGUACCUGGUCAUCGCCUUGGCAUUUGUGUCUUCUCUCUUCCUCUUGUCUGUGCUGCUGUUUGUAGGGGUGAGGCUGUGCAGGAGGGCCAGGGCGUCCUCUCUGGGUGGCUGUUCUGUGCCUGAGGGACACUUUCCUGGCCACCUGAUAGAUGUCAGCGGCGCGGGGACCCUGUCCCAGAGCCUCCAGUAUGAGGUUUGUCUGACCGGAGACUCUCAGAGUAAUGAGUUCAGAUUCAUGAAGCCGGCGUUUACCAAUAUUCUAAACCAAAACUCUGAUGGGCAAUCAGCAGAUUAUUCACCCUUCCCGAGUAUUUUAGGCUUGUGAAACUUCACGUUUCACUUGCUGUGUAAUUAAUUCUCUUUUGAUUUAGCAUUUUCUUUUCAAAUUUGGUAGUAAUGUUUAAUUGUAUUUGUUUUUAUUUCUCUGCUAGUUUAAGGAAUGUUAUCGUUUGUUUACUAGCUUGUUAACUGUGUGAGUAUUUUUCCAGUUCUGUUGUUACUGAACAUUUUACAUCAGGGCACUUUGUGUUCCUGAAUUUGCCAUAUUCUCUCUCAAAGGAUGUGAAUCUCUUCUAAUGAACACAAGAGAACAGAUUAGUUUAUAGAGUGCUUGUGCAGAAUCACCCUGUAAUCCCAGCAUUUGGAGGUGCAGGCAGGCUAUCAGGAAUUC